GGGUUGAAUGCUCGGAGGCUCUCUCACCCCCCUCCCGCCGCCGCCGCCGCCGCCGCCGCCGCUGCCGGCCAGCCUCUCUGCGCUUGCGCUGACAGACGCAAGAUGGCGGACAGUGCGGAACUAAAGCAAAUGGUUAUGAGCCUUAGAGUUUCUGAACUCCAAGUACUGUUGGGCUACGCUGGGAGAAACAAGCACGGACGCAAACACGAACUUCUCACAAAAGCCCUGCAUUUGCUAAAGGCUGGCUGUAGCCCUGCUGUCCAAAUGAAAAUUAAAGAGCUCUACAGGCGGCGGUUCCCUCAGAAAAUUAUGACGCCUGCGGACUUGUCCAUCUCCAACGUACAUUCAAGUCCUAUGCCAGCGACUCUCUCUCCAUCUUCCAUUCCACAGCUCACUUAUGACGGUCACCCUGCAUCGUCACCGUUACUCCCUGUUUCUCUUCUGGGACCUAAACAUGAACUGGAACUCCCACAUCUUACAUCAGCUCUUCACCCAGUUCACCCGGAUAUAAAACUUCAAAAACUACCCUUUUAUGACUUACUGGAUGAACUGAUAAAACCCACCAGUCUGGCGUCCGACAGCAGCCAGCGCUUUCGGGAGACCUGCUUUGCCUUUGCCUUGACGCCGCAGCAGGUGCAGCAGAUCAGCAGCUCCAUGGAUAUUUCUGGGACCAAAUGUGACUUCACAGUGCAGGUCCAAUUAAGGUUUUGUUUGUCAGAAACCAGUUGUCCACAAGAAGAUCACUUCCCACCCAAUCUUUGUGUGAAAGUGAACACAAAACCUUGCAGCCUUCCAGGUUACCUUCCACCUACUAAAAAUGGUGUGGAACCAAAGCGACCCAGUCGACCAAUUAACAUCACCUCACUUGUCAGAUUGUCCACAACAGUACCAAAUACCAUUGUUGUUUCUUGGACUGCAGAAAUUGGAAGAACUUAUUCCAUGGCAGUAUAUCUUGUAAAACAGUUGUCCUCAACAGUUCUUCUUCAGAGGUUACGAGCAAAGGGAAUAAGGAACCCGGAUCAUUCUAGAGCUUUAAUUAAAGAGAAGCUAACUGCUGAUCCAGACAGUGAAAUAGCUACAACCAGCCUACGGGUUUCUCUACUCUGUCCACUUGGUAAGAUGCGGCUGACGAUUCCAUGUCGGGCCCUUACCUGUUCUCACCUGCAGUGUUUCGAUGCAACUCUUUAUAUUCAGAUGAAUGAGAAAAAGCCCACCUGGGUUUGUCCUGUCUGUGAUAAGAAGGCUCCAUAUGAACACCUUAUUAUUGAUGGCUUGUUUAUGGAAAUCCUAAAGUACUGUACAGACUGUGAUGAGAUACAGUUUAAGGAGGAUGGCUCUUGGGCACCAAUGAGAUCCAAAAAGGAAGUACAGGAAGUUUCUGCUUCGUACAACGGAGUGGAUGGAUGCUUGAGCUCCUCGUUGGAGCAUCAGGUGGUUUCUCACAACCAGUCCUCAAAUAAAAACAAGAAAGUAGAGGUGAUUGACCUUACCAUAGACAGUUCAUCUGAUGAGGAGGAAGAGGAGCCAUCUGCCAAGAGGACCUGCCCUUCCCUGUCUCCCACAUCACAGCUAAACAAUAAAGGCAUUUUGAGUCUUCCUCAUCAAGCAUCUCCAGUGUCCCGCACCCCCAGCCUUCCUGCUGUAGACACAAGCUACAUCAACACCUCCCUCAUCCAAGACUACAGACAUCCCUUCCACAUGACACCCAUGCCCUACGACUUACAAGGAUUAGAUUUCUUUCCUUUCUUAUCAGGAGACAAUCAGCAUUACAGCACGUCCCUGCUCGCCGCCGCGGCAGCAGCCGUUUCCGACGAUCAGGACCUCCUGCACACGUCACGGUUUUUCCCCUACACCUCCUCGCAGAUGUUUCUCGACCAGUUGAGUGCGGGAGGCAGCACUUCUCUGCCAACCACCAAUGGCAGCAGCAGUGGCAGCAACAGCAGCCUAGUGUCUUCCACCAGCCUGAGGGAGAGCCACGGCCACACUGUUGCCAACAGGAGCAGUGCGGACACAGCAUCCAUCUUCGGCAUCAUCCCGGACAUUAUCUCCUUGGACUGACUCUGGCCCUGCUGCUCCCACGCCACCCCAGAUUAAGUGAACUUGGCAGAAGAGAACUUUGUGCUCUGUUAAACCUUAACUCUGUUCAGAGAAGUACACAAGUGUGGUUUUUUUCCUUUUUUUUAGGGAAAAAAUUAAAAGAAAUGUACAGAGAACAAAACUAUAUUUUCAGUUUUACUUUUGUAUAUAAAUCUAAGACUGCCUGUCUGAUAAAACUCUUGUUUAAAAAAAGAAAAAGAAAAAGAAAAAACAAGCUCCCCCACCACCCUCAGUCCGUUUCUUCUGGAUUCUGACGUUCCCAUCGUUCGUUCUAUGGUUUGGUUCGUUUUACUUCAAUGGCAUUACUUUAUUUGCAAUAACAGAAACGGAGUUGCAUGUAUGAAGUUUUAAAUUGUGGGCUUUGUUGUGGGGAGGGGGUUAGGGGAAUAGUUUGAUUUCCAUUUUUUAAAAACAACAGACUUGGGUUCUGUUUAUUUGUGCAUAUUUUAUCCAGCCUUAAGUUAUAAGUCUCCACCGUGCCCUCUGCAUUCCCUGUGUCCCUUCAGGACAUCGCUCGUGGGUGUGUAUGCGUGUGUCUGUGUUCUGUCGUCGCUGUCCCCUCUCCUGGGUUGCGCUGAGUUACUGUAUCAGUUGCCUGCUUCUUUCAGAGUGCGCUGAAGGUCUUGAACUCACACGUAAGCAUCUUGGUCAACCACCCCAGCUGCAUGUUCUCCACCACAGGUUCUCUGUUGUUGCUAGAGUAUGUUCCAGAAACAGUGAGUAAAGCUGUCUGGUAUAGGGAAUAGGUUCACCGACCUGUGAAGAAUACACGUGUGGAUUUGAAAUCUGGGGUUGCCACUGUUGUAUAUUUAAACCAAGUUUGUGGGGAUCUGCUUCGUGUUGGCCACAGGGUAACAGGUUUCAUUGAAGAUGGUCACACCAAAGUAGGACGUGGAAGGAACUCCAAAGCCCUGUUGGAUGUCUUACACACCUGGCAGGAAAAGUUAAUCACCUCAAAAUUGAAGAUGAAGCAAGUCAAUGAUCCUAAAAAGUAAAUUCUCUUUGUGAAAUACAGUGUACCCCACAUGUGGAUACAUAGAAAUCUAUUAGAUAAGCAGUUGACGUUCAGUGUGUUUGGGCCUUAGUUGGUUAUUUCAGUUCUGAGUGUACUUGCUUCCUCUGCCUUGUUUAUUUUCCCCUCACUGUGUAACGACAAGCCUGACACAGGAAAGUCACUAUUGUCAAAGAAUCCAAGACUCAGUCUUGUCUACUCUUAAGCAGAACACGUAAGCAUGCCGAGGCUGCUUCAGGACAGGAGUGAGGGUGGGAAGAAAGGCAAGGGACUCCCCUCAGGUCCUCAUCUAAAGAAGAUGUCUGUCUCAAGUGUGCAGAAGAUGUUCCACUGAUCAAUAGAGUGCAGGUCCAUUACAAAAGACAGGGGUGAGCGAUCACCACUUCCCACCCUAGGUUUUAUGUCACAACUGUUACGUGUUCUCAGAGUGGAUAAAAGACCACUUUUAUGUAUAAGCUUGUUUUAAACCUUGCAUUUGGUAGCAAAAUGGACUUAUUUUAACCCAGGUAGAACUCAAGCAGUAUCUGUAUCUUCAGUUGUGUGAUAAAAAUCAAAUGAUUCACAUUACUAUGUGGCACCUAAAAAUAUGUUUUUGCGACUCUGCUACUAAAUUGUUGGCUUGAAGUUUGAAAAAAACUGGUGUUGAUAAUGUAUAUGUGUGUGUGUAUAUAUGUAUUUAUAAACAAGUGUGUGUGAGUAACAAGUGAGUUACAUAGUCUUCCCUACGCAUGUGUAUUCCACACAUAAAUGGCUGAGUUAUAGUCACAAAACAAUUUGCAAUAAAACAAAACGUUCAUUGUCGGUUAAAACGAGAAAUAGUUAUGAUUUUGAAUGAAUCUGGUGUUCCCAUGAGUAAACAUUGUAAGAAUUCUCAUUGCCGUAUUAAUUUAGGCUGACCUCAGGCAGUAUUAUAUAAUUUGUCUAAAUUGGGAUUGGGGUAGAAAUUACUAAAACUGGGAUGUUGUUUCUGUUUUAGUAGGAAACACAUUACAUCAACUACUGAGGGAAAAUGAAUGGGCCUUACUUUCUUUGUUCCUAUUGGUGGUAGUCUGAGGAGAGAGAGAGUGAGAGAGAGAGAGAGAGUGUGUGUGUGUGAGAGAGAGAGAGAGAGAGAGAGAUGUGGAAUUAUAAGGCGAAUGGUCCAGUUGAAACCCAUCCUUCCUUCCGCUUUCUUGGAGAGGGCUAGUUUCCUUCUGUGUUCUACGUUACACCAACUUAUGGGAGAAAUUGGCAGUUGGGAGAAACAAAUGUCUGUCCAGUGGCUUUGGUCAUGUCCCUGUGGGAGAGCUAACCAUUGGUCUUUUUUAUUUUAGUUCAUUCCACUUCAUGAGGAGCUCAUUUCAUUUAGUUAGUUGUUGGCUUUCUAAAAUGUUGCAUUAAGUGAUAGUUAAUUGCUAACCUCAUGGUCAGCAUCAGCCAAUCAUACACCCGUGAUCUUUUCUGAGUGGUAGUAUAGUAUUGUCCCACCCUGCAUUUUUAUCUCCUGAGUUUUCUUUGUUUAAAUCACGUAGUCUCUCAUCUUUUUUUCCUUAGCCCACCCUCGCCCCAAGCCUGCCUCUGCUGACGUGCGGCCGCGGGUGCGGUCUGAGGUCCGCAGCGCGGCCGGCAGUCCCUUGACUCUCAGCGCACGUGCGUGUGUUUCUGUCCACUGCUGUGCGUGCGCGUGCAUGGGUGCACCCGUGCACACAUCUUCGGUAACAGCAGGGUUGAAGCGGCUUUUCAUUACUAUGUGGGCAUUAGACAUAUCUUUUUAAAAAAUCUGAAACUUAGCCACACCACACUUUGGCUAAUUUGUUCUGAGCAUUAAAAUUUUUCUGCUACUAAUUUAGAUACUAUCACACAUCUUUAUUACUAACUUAAGAAAGAUUUUACUUCAGUCUCUGAAAAAAAAAUGUGUGUGUUUUUUUGGCAGGUUUUCCUUUGAGACAAGUGCGUGAAAUUGAAUGAAAAUAUACCCCGAUUGUAAAUGAAUAAAUGUGCAAAGAGCAUUGUCUUUAAACAGUUUUGGUUUUAAAUGCCUAAAAACUUUCAGGAUCUUCAGGACUUUCAAAAGCACAUUUGAAUUUGUUUCAGUAAGAAUUUUGUUUUAUGAAUACAUGUUGCAUUUUUUUUUAACUAAAUGUAAAUCUUAGAUUUCAGGAAGGGAAGGAGACUAGCUGGUGGUCCCAGUGUGUGCUGCUGUUGUUUAAUUAACAAAGGGGAAAAUGUAAAUAAACAGAUAUAAAAGUUACCAUAAAUUCCAUGAACUUAAAUCUGUGAUUCAUUGCCUUAAAACUUUCUCUCUUAGAUUUUCCAUACCGCAUGCCAAACCAGUAAAAUGGCUUUUAAAGGUGUAUAGUAGACCAAUGUCAGUUUGUAUAAAAGUACCAAGUGAAAAUAUUUAUUACAUGCAUUGGAAAAAAUUGUUUACCUAUUGAAUGUUACCUGUUUAUGUAGAGCUCUUUAGAUGUAAUAAAGAAAAGCCUUCAGUUAA